AUGAAGUGGGCAAGAUACUGGCCAGAAUGCUUUGUCGCUGCAUUUACCUUCGUUCUUAAUGGCUCCCGCCUCUUUCGCCCAGCAGACGCGUCAAAUUCCCUCGUUGGCACUAGUUGGACAACACAACGGAAGAUCGCCGCACGGGAGAGGACAAGGGAACUUUGGUACCAUGGAUUUGACAAUUACAUGACCUUUGCAUUUCCAUUGGACGAGUUGACCCCGCUAUCAUGUUCAGGUCAGGGUCCGGAUUGGUACAACCCUGCGAAUAUUGGCACGAAUGACGUUGCGGGAAAUUUCUCUAUGACCCUCAUUGACGUUUUGGACACGUUCGUAGUUCUGGAUGACCGUCAGGGUUUUGAAAUGGCGGUCAAGAAUGUCAUCCAAUGGGUCUCAUUCGACGUUGACACCAAACCUCAAGUCUUUGAAACGACUAUUCGUGUUCUCGGCGGACUUCUAUCUGGACAUCUUUUUGCAAAUCAGACGGGACAGCCUUUUUUUCUACCUUGGUAUAAUGGAGAACUGCUUGCCCUUGCCCACGACCUUGGCAAGAGAUUGUUACCUGCAUUUUCGACACCAACAGGGCUUCCGUAUGCUAGGAUCAACCUUCGGCAUGGAUUGGUGAAGGGCGAGACUCUUGAGACAUGUACUGCUGGUGCUGGAUCGCUGAUCCUGGAAUUUGCUACCUUGAGUCGUUUAACGGGCGACGAACGCUUCGAAAAGGCUGCCCAGAAAGCUUUCUUUGGUAUUUGGAACCGCAAAUCAGAUAUAGGGCUUGUGGGGAAUACCAUCAACACUUGGACUGGGGCAUGGACAUCCCCCGAGGUUACUGGCAUCGGGGCUGGUAUCGAUUCUUUCUAUGAAUAUGCGCUAAAGUGGUAUAUAAUGAGUGGCGAGAUCGAGUUUUUGGAUGUAUGGGAAGACGCAUAUGCUGCGAUCAUGCGAUAUUCAAGGGCGACAGAUGGGUAUUGGUAUAGAACGGUCAACAUGAAGAAUGGAGAUGCGGCCUAUUACACAGUCGACUCUCUUUCCGCCUUCUGGCCAGGAUUGCAGGUGCUUGCUGGAGAUGUUCAGAAUGCAAUUAAGUUGCAUCUAAUUUAUUAUAAUCUAUGGAGGCAACAUUCAGGCUUACCCGAGGUCUAUGACACAAACUACAAGGUCGCAACUUCGCAUCAGUAUCCACUGCGACCCGAGUUUAUUGAGUCCACAUGGUACCUUUACAGAGCCACUCGUGAUCCUUUCUACCUCGACGUUGGGGAACGCGUGUUGUUUGAUCUUACUACCAGAUCCAAAGUUGACUGUGGGCUCAGCGGAAUUCAAGAUCUAAGAACGAACAAACGUGAUGACCGCAUGGAGUCUUUUAUGCUUUCAGAAACCUUAAAGUACCUCUAUUUGCUAUUCGAUGAAGAAAACCCGCUCCAUAGUGACGACUCCAACUAUGUAUUCACAACGGAGGGGCACAUCCUCACCUUGAAUCUUAAUCAAAUGAAACCGCCGUCCCCAGCUCGAAAAAAAUUGCGCACGAUUGACGCACACCAAUGCCCAGCAUACACGCCUUUUAUCACUGUUUAUGAUAACUACAAGAAAACAUCUGGCCUUGUCCAAGGCAUCCGGGCGCGGCCUGAGGUUGACUACGCGAGACACCUCGUUGGCAAUAUAGCAAGCGAGGUGGAUAAAGCAUACUGGUCUCCCUAUGGCUGGUGCGAAAAACCAAAACCGGAACUAUAUUCUUAUGAAUUUAUAUUGGCUGCGGAUGGGAAAAUAGUCCCAGAAGAUUUGAGUCCAAGUCUUCUGAAAGUGGGUGUCCUACCUGACGGAUAUAUCAUACACAAUGUGACAGGCAUUCGGACUCAAAUCGUCCGCCGUUUGGAUGGCAAUGGUUACGAUAUCAGAAAAUUGGGGCAUUACGCUGUGCGAAGUGGGCAUACAGUUUAUAUCAACGAUUCGUCUAUCUUUCAUCGUGUGGGCGAAGAUGCCAAAAUAGCUCAAACGGAUCUGCGGCGACGUCAGCCAGAGCUGUCUCUCCACUUUUUUACGAGCAUGGACCCAACCUUCUCCAUACAAACAGGCCUGCUUGAACCCUCGGAGCUCAACAUCUUGACGACGGGAUAUGCUGGUUUAUUCGGGGCCGACUUGACACCUGCAACGCAAGACAACCUGCCACGAUUUAGCCACGGGGAAGGAUUGCCUGUCUUCCGUGAGCCCAGCAACAACUACGGAUGCAGCCCGUACGACCACUCAUACCCUGACUACGUCAUGGUUGUGGAGAGGGGUGGCUGCACUUUUUUGGAGAAGCUGAUACAAGCCCGAGAUGCAUCUGCUGCGGGGAUUCUUGUCAUCAGCGAUGAAGAUGUUCCCAUCAACCCCACAGCCAACAACUAUGAAUUGGAAGUGGCAGGCGACCUAUCCGAUUCAGCGAUCGUGCUACUGCCUCGAAAAGUUGGAGCAAUACUGUUGGAGGCAAUAGCCUCUGCUGAUGAUCAUGGCUCUACACGGGUCAUGAUGGCUCUGUACAAAGAGCAUGAGACAGCGAACGCAGAUACUGGACAUUUGCCAGAACGGUUGGGAGAAAAGGUUAAGGAUUCAAAUCGGAUAUUGUACAUUAAUGGACAUCCACUUCUGAAUACGAGGCUGUUGGUCUAA